AUUAUUGUGGCCAUAGCAGGUAGAAUUAUAUUGGCCAUGGCAGGUAGAAUUAUAAUGGCCAUAGAAUUAUAGUGGCCAUAGCAGGUACAAUUAUAGUGGCCAUAGCAGGUAGAAUUAUAGUGGCCAUAGCAGGUAGAAUUAUUGUGGCCUUGGCAGGAAGCAGCAGCAGGAAGUCAGAAAGUGUCACUUGCUCUGAAUAAGGCAGGAGUGAGGAGAGGGAGGGUGUUGAGAUCAAGUGAGAUAGAGAGAGAGAAUCCUCUGGCAGGGAAAGAGAGAGAGAGAGACAGAGAGAGAGAGAGAGAGAGGGCGAGCGAGGGAGCUAGGGAGAGAGAGAGAGGGCAAUCAAGCGAGGGAGCAAAGAGGGUUUAUAGAGAGAGAGAAGGAGGAUGAAGAGAAGACUGGCUGAGUGUUAAAGAGGCAAAGUGGAUAUUUUGAUGUGCUGCUGCCAAAGUGCUGCAAUGAAACUCUCCAGAGGGAGCAACACUUAGACACCUGGCCAGGUGAUUUAGUGCGUCGAGCACACCUGAUAACGAUGGAGGAGGAAUUUUGGAGGGUACCACAGUCCACAUUCCGGGGAAAGUUGGACCGAUACUGAAAAACGGCAUUGAGUCCAGAAGACAAGCAGUGAUCCUCAUUCUCUACCCUGGUGAGCUUUGAGAUAUGACAGGCUGGCUCUGACAGAAUAGCGCAGUUCGGAGCUGAGGAGACCGUUGACCCUCCGGGACGUCUGGGACAGGAACGGCUGGUCUGGGACAGGAACGGGACGUCUGCUAAGGUGAGUGCAGCUUCAGUCCAGAUAGAUCCCCAAAGAUCUGGCAGUGAUGCUGUGUCGUAGCCGGCCCUUCAGUCUGUGCCCCUCGGUCUCCCAAGAGGCCCAUGUGACCUAGCCUACACCCACACAUAGGGGGCCCUCACUGCCUCUGGAGCCCACCCAUGAAUCCCAUCCCCGACCGCGGCAAAGAAUGCCUCCCUCCUAAGAAGAGGGAGUCCCGGCAAGGGUCGUCAGAACACCACCUUCCGCCGCCGGAAGAAUUUAAGCCCCCUGUGCCACUCCGGAGUAGGUCCAACGCAGGGCGAGGGGAGGGCAACAGAGAGGUCGGCGCCAGGCAGCGAGCUCUGACUACCCUGAGCCCCCAUCUUCUCCACACUCCUCCGCCCUUGCCGACUCCAGGCCCCCUAACCCUGCCAUGGCCUCUGAGCUACCCCUCAUCUGUGUCACUUCCUCUCUUUCAAGGGCAUGUUAUGGAGAGGAGAGGCUCUGGGUCGCCACUUCCUCACCACUCCAGGUGGCUUCGAGCAGAAGGGCCCCACUCGUCCCCGUCCUCCACUCCCUCCUUUAAAACUCCUUUUCCAGCUGAUUCUCGAGAGAUGUGGUCCUACAUUAACAACGACCGAAGAGAUUACAGCUCCUCACUCUUCGCCCCAUCAUACUUGUUUGGUCAUACCUCUCUCUACCCUCAAGAGCCAAGUUUAGUUAAAACCAGGAGCAGAUACUUAGGAAAGAGGCCCAAUGGAUUGGAUGGGUCAGGCAGCAGGACUGCCACUACCUCUGGGCCUUUGCUCGCAGGAGAUUAUGGACACGAUUGCAGCAGAAUCCGAUUGGAUACAAGUCCACAAAGCUCCCAGACUAAUGGUGGACAAAGACAGCAGGAAGAUCUGACACCUGAAGCCCAAUCCAUGGGUUUGUUUUCCUCAGAGUCUAAAGCUCAGGAGGGCCAUGAACCACAUUUCUCACUGCAGGACAGACAUCAGCAAGGAAUAGUGACCAGCCAUCAUGCUGUGGGACCAGACCCCUGGGUGUGUAGAGGAGGCUUCCUGGAUGCCGCGGGCGCCCCAGGAACUGAAGCCCACAUCUACUACUCCUUGGGAUCCGUUUUCCAGCCAAGCCCUCAGGCUCCCCAGUCCUACCCGCCCUACAGUCCCUCAGGAAUACCACUGUACAACCUGCAAGUAAAGCCAGACCCAAAGAAGCACAAUCCAAGAAACUUACCCCACUUGUCCGAGGGUCUGCUGAACAGCCAUGACUGGUCCCAAAGAGACCAUGACAGAGACCAAAACAAAGACCAAGAAAAGAGCAAGGAGCGAGGUAAAGAAACGGAGAAGCACCUGAAACAUAACUGGGAUCAUGUUCACGCCUCUCCCCCUGCUCUUCACUGGUCUCCCCCUGCGCUCCUACCUCACUUCACAAAGGGUUCGCUAAUUGAGCUGGCCAGUGGGCAGUUAAAACAGGUGGAGGAAUUGCGGACUGAAGACUUUCUAAGGAGCGCUGAUACGUCCCCAGAGCUCCACCUGAGCACCUGCACUGUGCUGCUCAUUUCCCCCAGCAGUGCACAGGGCAUCAGUCACCUGCAGGUCCAUCUUAAAGACCGCAACACUCAGGAGUUACUGAAAGUCUUGGUGGAGUAUCCAUUUUUUGUGCAGGACCACGGCUGGUCCUCUUGUUGCCCCCAGAGAACCGCAGAGCUCUAUGGCCUUUCCUGUCGUCAGCUCACAGAGGGAGAUGUUUGCCUUGCUCUCACCCCGACACCCAAGCAACUCCACCGGACACAUUCGUCCAGAGUCCCACGCGCACACCCCCUGACCAGGGCUGCAGUGGGAGGGCCUUGCAGUUGGUACAGGGAGAAGAUGCCGCCUCCUCCCCCUCCACCCCCUUUAACCCUACACCUGCCCACUAUAGGGCCAAAGAAUGCCCGGGCUGCAGAACCCCAGACUCAGGAGCCCACGCGCCCUCGGAAACGGCGCUGGUCAGCCCCUGACGUUCUUCCCUCAACAGGAACCAACGAACGCCUCAUGGAUUUACCUCAAGGCUCCAAGCUGAUGAAGUGGCAGUAGAAACUUGCAGACGUGUGUACGCUCCACGGUUCUGUGGGGCCCACUCCGGUCGCAGGGUUGCAAUAGAACAACAAUCAAAAAUUACGGGUGUUCACUUUGCUGGCCUAGGGCCUAAACUUGUCUACUUGUUGCACCUCUUUCCUUUUCUUUGCUUUCCUUCUGCUUUCAUUUCCUCUAUCCUUAUCAGCUCUUUGCUUUCAUUUCGUCUUUCCUUUUCUUAACUUUCCUUCCCUUUCAUUUCAUUUCCUCUUUCCUUAUCUUUUUUGCUUUCAUUUUCUUCCCUUUGCUUUUCCUUUCCUUUUUCCUUUUUCUUCACUUUCCUUUUUUCCGCCUUUCCUUUCCCUUCUUUUUGCUUUCCUCUUUCCCUUACCUUUCCUGUCCUGAGCAGUGAAAGGCUGAAAUUAGUAUGACAAUCAAGCACUGGUGCGUGUUCACUCUCUUUAUGUAACACACACACACACACACACACACACACACACACACACACACACACACACACACACACACACACACACACACACACACACACACACACACACACACGUUCUUGUAUUUGUCACCUUCUUGAGACCUCUAAAAAAUGCCUCCCUCUUUAGGACCACCCUUUCUAGAUAUAUAAAUAUUUGUAUUUACAACAUUAAUAAUAUAUACAUUCUAUGCAAAUAUAAAAAAGGUAAGCUUUUGGUUAAUAAAAUUUUUUUGUUUGUAAUUCUUUUUUAAUCUUCAUUAUUUACUUCAAAUUAUUACAGUAUGUCUUUAUUUACAUAUUUAUUUUAUUUGUUUUUAAUACAUUUUGGCCAAAGGGGGCGCAAUUCAAUUUCUUACACACACUCGUUAUCACAUAUGUUGUCCAGAGGGGAAGUACUUCAAAUUUUUACACACACUUGUUAUUUCAUAUGUUGACCAGAGGGGGAGCACUUUUAAAACCGACACACAGUCAAUUUGAAAAAUCCCUCCUUUUUGGAACCACCCUCAUUUUGAAUGAUUUCACUACCAGGAAAUUAGAUCUUUAUUUUUUGUUUUUUGUAAUGUGCUUAAAGCCGAUGACAAACGAGUCACGGACCACAGAUGGCCCCUGUGCCGCACUUUGGGCAACCCAGCUGUGGAAGCUAACUGUUAAUGGCCACCAAAGUCUUAGUACCGUAGUACAUUUGUUCAUCCUACGGUCACAUAUGGGACGCGGGUUGUCUUACGUCAGCACCGGAAGUCGUAAAAAUCAGCUGUUCACCUGGCGGGUUUUUUCGGGGAUGAAUACGGAAGUUCUUCUUUAGCUUCUGUCUUGUGUUAUCAUAUAUUGCUGCCUUUGCACCUGUCAAUGUUUACUUUUGUAUGCACAUUAAAUCAACAACAAAAAUCCAGACUUUGGAGCAAUGUUCACGGACUCUAGUAUUUGGCUCUCUACUAGAUGCAAUGGUUUUCCGUAUUGGGACCAUGAUUUCGGUCCUAACUUGUUCACCGGUCUUCAUAUGGAAGCUACUUUUCCUUGUUGACGUCUCAAGAAGCGUAGAAAUACAAGAACACACACACACACACACACACACACACACACACACACACACACACACACACACACACACACACACACACACACACACGCACACACACACACACAUUCUUGUGUUUGUAAUCUUCUGGAGACUUCCGAAAAAUGCCUACCUCUUUAGGACCACCCUUUCCAGACAUCGUAGGAGACAACCCUGAACUUGGAAAAAAAUCUAUUUAAAUGAUAUCACCGCAGAUUUAAGAUACACACGAGACAUUCCCUAUCAGAUGCAAUGGUUUUCCGUAUUGGGACCAUGAUUUCGGUCCUAACUUGUUCACCGGUCCUCAUAUGGAAGGUACUUUUCCUUGUUGACGUCUCAAGAAGGGUAGAAAUACAAGAACACACACACACACACACACAAAUUCUUGUAUUUGUUACCUUCUGGAGACUUCCGAAAAAUGCUUACCUCUUAAGGACCACCCUUUCCAGACAUCGUAAGAGAAAAUGAAAGACAUCUUUGAACUUGGGAAAAAAUCUAUUUAAAUGAUAUCACCGCAGAUUUAAGAUACACACGAGACAUUCCCUAUCAGAUGCAAUGGUUUUCCGUAUUGGGACCAUGAUUUAUGUCCUAACUUGUUCACCGGUCUUCAUAUAGAAAAUACUUUUCCUUGUUGAUGUCUCAAGAAGGGUAGAAAUACAAGAACAAACAUACACACACACACACACACAUUCUUGUAUUUCUUACCUUCUGGAGACUUCCGAAAAAUGGACCAUAGGACCACCCUUUCCAGACAUCAUAGGAGAAAAUGAAAGACAUCCCUGAACUUGGAAAAAAAAUCUAUUUAAAUGAUAUCACCGCAGAUUUAAGAUACACACGAGACAUUCCCUAUCAGAUGCAAAGGUUUUCCAUAUUGGGACCGCGAUUUAUGUCCUAACUUGUUCACCGGUCCCCAUAUGGAAGGCACUUUUCCUUGUUGAUGUCUCAAGAAGGGUAGCAAUACAAGAACACACACACACACACACACACACACACACACACACACACACACACACACACACACACACACACACACACACACACACAUUCUUGUAUUUCUUACCUUCUGGAGACUUCCGAAAAAUGGACCAUAGGACCACCCUUUCCAGACAUCAUAGGAGAAAAUGAAAGACAUCCCUGAACUUGGAAAAAAAAUCUAUUUAAAUGAUAUCACCGCAGAUUUAAGAUACACACGAGACAUUCCCUAUCAGAUGCAAAGGUUUUCCAUAUUGGGACCAUGAUUUAUGUCCUAACUUGUUCACCGGUCUUCAUAUGGAAGCUACUUUUCCUUGUUGACGUCUCAAGAAGGGUAGAAAUACAAGUACACACACACACACACACACACACACACACACACACACACACACACACACACACACACACACACACACACACACACACACACACACACACACACACAUUCUUGUAUUUGUUAUGUUCUGGAGACUUCCGAAAAAUGCCUACCUCUUUAGGACCACCCUUUCCAGACAUCGUAGGAGACAACCCUGAACUUGGAAAAAAAUCUAUUUAAAUGAUAUCACCGCAGAAUUAAGAUACACACGAGACAUUCCCUAUCAAAUGCAAUGGUUUUCCGUAUUGGGACCAUGAUUUCGGUCCUAACUUGUUCACCAGUCUUCAUAUGGAAAGUACUUUUUCUUGUUGAUGUCUCAAAAAGGGUAGAAAUACAAGAACACACACACACACACACACACACACACACACACACACACACACACACACACACACACACACACACACACACAGACAUUCUUGUAUUUGUUAUCUUCUGGAGACUUCCGAAAAAUGCCUACCUCUUUAGGACCACCCUUUCCAGACAUCGUAGGAGACAACCCUGAACUUGGAAAAAAAUCUAUUUAAAUGAUAUCACCGCAGAAUUAAGAUACACACGAGACAUUCCCUAUCAAAUGCAAUGGUUUUCCGUAUUGGGACCAUGAUUUCGGUCCUAACUUGUUCACCAGUCCUCAUAUGGAAAGUACUUUUUCUUGUUGAUGUCUCAAAAAGGGUAGAAAUACAUGAACACACACACACACACACACACACACACACACACACACACACACACACACACACACACACACACACACACACACACACACACACACACACAGACAUUCUUGUAUUUGUUAUCUUCUGGAGACUUCCGAAAAAUGCCUACCUCUUUAGGACCACCCUUUCCAGACAUCGUAGGAGACAACCCUGAACUUGGAAAAAAAUCUAUUUAAAUGAUAUCACCGCAGAUUUAAGAUACACACGAGACAUUCCCUAUCAGAUGCAAUGGUUUUCCGUAUUGGGACCAUGAUUUAUGUCCUUACUUGUUCACCGGUCCUCAUAUGGAAGGCACUUUUCCUUGGUGAUGUCUCAAGAAGGUUAGAAAUACAAGGACACACACACACAUUCUUGUAUUUGUUAUGUUCUGGAGACAUCUUUACUUUAACUUAACUUACGAAAAAUGCUUACCUCUUAAGGACCACCAUUUCCAGACAUCGUAGGAGAAAAUGAAAAACAUCUCUGAACUUGGAAAAAAAUCUAUUUAAAUGAUAUCACCGCAGAUUUAAGAUACACACGAGACAUUCCCUAUCAGAUGCAAUGGUUUUCCGUAUUGGGACCAUGACUUCGGUCCUAACUUGUUCACCGGUCCUCAUAUGGAAGGCACUUUUCCUUGUUGAUGUUUCAAGAAGGUUAGAAAUACAAGAACACACACACACACACAUAUUUACCGACAGUGCGUUCUGCAGGGUUUGGAUUUUAAUCAGUUGUGAACGCAAGCGCAGAUAUACACCUGAAGAAAAGUGGACUAAAUAUGUUACAUUUGUACAGAGAGUAUGCUAAACAGACGUCAUGCAUUCUGUUGGUCUUCUUUGUUUCUUGCUUCUGAAUCCUUGUCAGGCGAGACGAAUGUAAGCUCACCUUCAAGGAGCUUUUUUGUCCAGGCAUUACUUUCCGGCAUGUUCUUAACAUCAUCUCUGAGAACGGGAGAACACUAAUGAAAAGCGCCCACGCGGACAGACAGGUCCAUAAAAAAAGCUGAAUGUUGGCGGCGAAGGUGAAGAGCAAUGGUGCUAAUGACACGUCGGAACAGGAUGCUUUGUGCUUGCGUGAUGUACGAUUGUAUUGUUGCGUGCUGUAUACGUCUGAAAGCAGGGGACGUGAUGAAAGUAUAACUCUGAUACGGGUAAAACUCCUCUGAUUCAGCACUCUUUCACUUUAGUUUUUGGACCAGACAUACAUGUUAAUUAUUCCUUCUCAAUGUCAUAGCGGCAAAAUGUAUUUUUUUUAAGAUGGUGAAACUGUUAUAUGAUGUUCGCUCGGAAUAAACGGAGAAGAAGAA